GUGUCCCGUUGUCAAUUGCUGACCCUCUCGGGAGGGGAUGGCUCAGCUCUUGCUCCGGGACGUCCAUGGGUAUCCAUAGACUGGAUCUGACAGCUCUGUGAGCAAACGUUUCAUUAACUUCAAGUGUGGAAUUCAGUGCCCUGCAGACCAGAGCAUGACUAUAUGAAGGAAGAGGAAAGUUUUCCUGAAGAUGAGGCGACUAAAUCGGAAAAAAACCUUAAGUUUGGUGAAAGAGUUAGAUGCCUUUCCCAAGGUUCCUGACAGCUAUGUGGAGACAUCAGCCAGUGGGGGAACAGUUUCUCUAAUAGCAUUUACCACUAUGGCUUUAUUAACAAUAAUGGAAUUCUCAGUGUAUCAAGAUACGUGGAUGAAGUACGAAUAUGAAGUAGACAAAGAUUUUUCUAGCAAGUUGAGAAUCAACAUAGACAUUACUGUUGCCAUGAAGUGUCAGUAUGUUGGAGCAGAUGUACUGGAUUUAGCAGAGACCAUGGUUGCAUCUGCAGAUGGUCUAUCUUAUGAACCAGCAGUAUUUGACCUUUCACCCCAGCAGAGAGAAUGGCAGAGGAUGCUGCAGCUGAUUCAGAGUAGGCUGCAAGAAGAGCAUUCCCUUCAAGACGUGAUAUUCAAAAGUGCUUUCAAAAGUGCAUCAACAGCACUGCCACCAAGGGAAGAUGAUGCAUCACUGACUCCAGAUGCGUGCAGAAUCCACGGUCAUCUAUAUGUCAAUAAAGUAGCAGGGAAUUUUCACAUAACUGUGGGCAAGGCAAUCCCACAUCCUCGAGGGCAUGCACAUUUGGCAGCACUUGUCAACCAUGAUUCUUACAACUUUUCUCACAGAAUAGAUCAUUUGUCUUUUGGAGAGCUUGUUCCGGGAAUUAUUAAUCCUUUGGAUGGAACUGAAAAGAUUGCUGUAGACCACAACCAGAUGUUCCAAUAUUUCAUUACAGUUGUGCCAACAAAGCUCCACACAUACAAGAUUUCAGCUGACACCCAUCAGUUUUCUGUGACAGAAAGGGAACGCAUCAUUAACCAUGCUGCAGGCAGCCACGGAGUCUCCGGAAUAUUUAUGAAAUAUGAUCUCAGUUCUCUCAUGGUGACAGUCACUGAGGAACACAUGCCUUUCUGGCAGUUUUUUGUAAGACUCUGUGGUAUUAUUGGAGGAAUCUUUUCAACAACAGGCAUGUUACAUGGAAUUGGAAAAUUUAUAGUGGAAAUAAUUUGCUGUCGUUUCAGACUUGGAUCCUACAAGCCUGUCCAUUCUGUCCCCUUUGAAGAUGGCCACACAGACAACCACUUACCUCUUUUAGAAAAUAAUACACAUUAGCACCUCCUGGGUGGAAAAAAAAAAAACUUUUUGCCUGAAACGUAAAACCUUUUCUAAUAAUAAAAUGUUGUGCAAUAUAUUCAAAGAAAAGAAAAUAUGAGAACCAGGAAACAUGCUUAUUUAAAAAAAGGAAAAAAAACCAGCCAAGGAAAAAAACAAACUGAAGUCGUCCUGUAUAUGUUGUGUCUGUUACAAAUGUCCUAGAAGAAAUUAUGCAGCUGACUGGAGGCCCAGCCAGAGUGCCAGGAGAAGAUGGCAUUUCUGAUGCUCUCCCAGCAAACGGACAGCAUGGAGAGCAGAGCCUAGAGGAUGGAAGUGAGACCAUAUUUAAAGAAAAGGGCAUUGAUAAAUGCAAACGUGUGCGUCCUUUUGUUUUUAAAAGAUGUCAGAAUAAAAUGUGUAAAACAUAUGGAAAACUAGUCUAGACUUUAAAAAACUGUAAUCAGCUCAUGUGGUUAAUAAAGGAAACAGGGGCUGGCCCUGUGUUACAGCCAUAUUAAUGUUAAGCCAUAUUGAUAAGACCAUGUUGUCCAGUACUGGGUUCUGGUGAAGGUGACUGCUUUCCUUGGAACUCCAGUUGGUGACUUUCCUGCCUGUUAACAGUCAGUUCUUAGAGGUUAAGGUGAAGUUUCCCAAGGGCAGGUAUACAAGUGCUAUGAUAGGUAACAGGUACCACUCACAGCUGUACAUGGGACACUGCAGGGAGAAGAAAGCACAGUUUACAAAGAUAAAGGUUGCUAAUUUGUAAAAUAUUGAAGGAAAGAAAAGUAUGCUUGUGAGGAGUUGAAAAAAAGGAUAGCUAACAGAUGGGUGAGGCAGUGUUGUGUACAAGAUAGUGUCAGCUCUGAGCAGCAUAGGCACCACCGUAAAACUGGACCAGGAACAAAGUGCUGCCCUCGGGGCUCUGGGCAGAAUGAUGAAGCUAAAGUAACUUGAGGGAGCCCUGUCGGUGCUCUUGGAAACUGCCGGCUUUGUGUGCCAGCCGGUUUUCCUCUUGGGAGGCUUGAGGGCAGAAGCAGAAGCAUCGGUUAGUCUCUGGAGGCUGAAUGACUGAGGGAGAAGACUGGGUUUCCAUCCCUGUCAGACCCAGGACUACACUGACAAUGGAGGCUUCUGGUGUGGCCUGUCACAAAUUACUGUUUUUUCAAGUGAAUGUUUUUACAGAUUAAAAAAAAAAAAAAAAUGCUUCUUGAAAGAGGAUAGGCAAUCAGGUGGAGAGA